AUGAAAUUAAGGGAAGUGAUAGGGCCAAUUAACUCUUAUACCCAAAAUCCUGCUGGCUCUAGCGUUAGAUUAAGGCAUAGAGUUAACAACAUAGCCAAAGCAAACGAUCUUAAUAUCAAUGAACAGAACCUAAGAACGCUCCUUGAGAACCUCAAACAAAAAAUUUCCGCCUUGGGGGCUAGACUAAGAAGAUACAACAAAAGGGUUAAGCGAUACAAACAAAACCGUGAUUUCCAACUGAACCAGAAACUCUUCUACCGCAACCUUGCAACAGAUUCCCAACAACAGCAAGGAAAACCCCCAGAGAAGGCGCAUAUGAUGGAAUAUUGGAGUGAAAUAUGGUCUAAGGAAGAAAAUCAUAAUAAGGAUGCCUAUUGGCUGAGAAAAGAAGAACAGAGAAACCAAGGUAUACCGGAAAUGGAAAGAAUAAUAGUAACGGCAGAGUUGGUGAGAAAAGCUCUUACAAGGUUGGGCAACUGGAAGACCCCAGGGAAUGAUAAGAUCCAAGCAUACUGGUGGAAAAACUUUCCUGCUACCCACCCAAUCUUGUCCAGGCAGUUCCAGCAAGCCCUUGUCGACCCUGAAAAGAUGCCGCCCUUCUUCACGCAAGGAGUAACUUACAUGCUCCCCAAGAAUCAGGAACCUGAAAAUCCAAAGAAUUUUAGACCAAUAACCUGCUUACCGGUAAUCUAUAAAUUACUUACAUCUAUAAUAAACGCCCAAAUAACUCAACAUCUAAAGAAAAACCAAAUUCUAGCCAUGAAAUAA